GACCACGCAAGCACGACGGCUUAUAACCCAUCAUUACAUCAGCCUCAUUCUCACCAAGCCGUCGGAGCGCAACCGUGACUAGUACCACUAGUAUGUGCGCUUGCGCCCGCAUCUUGAUCUCCGUGCAGACAAUGCAACCAACGAUCGCAGCCACGUCGGGACGCACAGCCUAUAUUUACGUGAAUCCCUUCGCUUGCUUCAUAGAAGAAGCGGACACUUGCGUCUUUAAAGCUUUAGGAGGUUGUAUGGUAUGUUCAAGGCUCACAGUUUACUACCGAAAAGUUCCGAAGGUAUGUGGGAGUUGACGCCGGG